AAAAAAAAAAAAAAAAAAAAAAAAAAAAAAAAAAAUCCGCUAGCUAACAGCUACCUCCCAGUUCCACCUGUCAGGCUUCUGCUGCUUCCUGUCCUUCAUGAUCUUCCUCUGGACCACCGUCGCCAUCAUCCUAGCCGCCCUGCUCCAGCCCCUCCGCUUCUGCUCCAUGCGCCCCGACUACCGCGAGCAACUGGUCAAAUUCCUCGGCCCGCCGCUGAACCUGCAAUUCCGCUACAUCUACGCGCCGCCCGUGUCAAGCAUGUACAACACGCCGCUACUCCUCAUGGUACAUCUCCUCUCUCCCUUCGUGGCCAUGGGCAUCGCGUUUGCCGCCUGGAUUUCCGCUGCCUUUUGGAUCUACGCUGCCAUUAUCGGUGAUCCCGGUAGCAGAGAUGGACACAACGACGGCAGAGAGUCGGUGUUGAUGGUACGGUCCUAUUGGGAACGCUGGCUGCUCCAUGCUGUGAGAUGAGCGUGCGGUUUCAUCGCAGCAACCAGGACCACGACACCUUGCGCGCGCGCCUGCGCACCACUUCAACUUCUAUUGCGAUUUUCGCACCUUGCUUCUUUGAUUCA